AUGGAGCAGCUGGCCAACAGGCGCAUGCAGCGCGAGGCUGAGAUCUCCGCUGAACUUCGCGAUCGGGACGACGACUAUGACGAUGAUCUCGAUGGAGACGAGGAUUAUGAUGAUGAGGACGAAGACGACCUCGAUGAAGAGGAAGAAGAGGAUGAGCUCAUUACUGAGGAGCAGCGCAUGGAGGAAGGUCGAAGGAUGUUCCAGAUCUUUGCAGCCCGCAUGUUCGAACAGCGUGUCCUGCAAGCAUACAGGGAGAGGGUCGCGCAGGACCGCCAGCUUGAGCUGCUCCGCGAGCUU